ACUUGGCCAUGCGCGUGCUUCAUCUGGCAGACGGUUGUAAUUUUCUCAGAGAUCGUUUGUUAUCUCCGACAAAUUUACAACAGCAGCAGGAGUGAGCGAAACAUCACACAGCUCGUGUUUACAUUGAUGGAAUACAAGCAGCAUUUCAAUGAAGUAUGCCUAAACUCGCCCGUUUUUAUAUAAAUUUCGGAAAUCCGGUACCACUUUACUACGCUGGACAAGAUGUCAAGGGUUACCUUAAUGUUGACGUUGACAAACCGAUCAAUCUGCAAUGCAUCCGACUGCAUGUCAAAGGUGAGGCAUUCGUUCACUGGACGGAUCAACGCAUGCGUGGGCCAGCCCCUCUAAGGACCCCGGCUCGACACCACUCGGCUCAUGAGGAAUAUUUCGACUUUACUACAACGGUUCUUGGAAACAAUGAGAACGAUGCCCCUAAGAUUACAUUGCUACGAGGGACAUACUGCUACCCCUUUCAGUUCCAGCUUCCAGAAAACAUCCCUUCUUCUUUCGAGGGCGAAUACGGUCACGUGAGGUACACUGUCAAAGCGACGAUAGAAAAACCAAAAAGGUUCACUCAUGUAACCAAAACGGCCUUCUCUGUAAUUGGUUCACUGGAUUUGAACACAAUCCCGCAAAUAGACGCACCAGCAGGAAUGACGCUCAGCAAAAACAUCUGUUGUCUGUGCUGUACAUCCGGUCCAAUCAGCGCUCUGCUGUCCCUCCCGAGGAGGGGCUACGUUCCAGGGGACAUAAUUCCCGUGGCGGUAGAAAUCGAAAAUCUAUCGAGGCGAAAAAUAGCAAGUGCGUCCAUUACACUGAAAAUGACAACCAGUUUUCACAGUCGUGAUGAAUCCCGGACUGUAAGUACACAGAUAGACAAGAUAUCUCACGGCUCCCUGCCCCGGGGUGCUACCAGCACGUGGACGGGACAGGGCAUCCCACUGCCAGCUCUACCCCCGAGCUUCCUGUUUGGGUGCAAUAUCAUUGACAUCCAGUAUAAGCUUGAGUUACGAGUGGAUGCUAUUGGACCAUCUUUUGAAAUGUAUGUACCUCUAGAAAUUAUAGUGGGAACCGUACCCUUAAGAUCGACCAUCCGACCUGUGCCCCAAUCACCACGUCAUGAUUCAAGGUCAAGAGGUCACCGGUCCACGUCAUCACAAGCUAGUUCUGAGCACUAUGCAGUGUCUUUGACCUACAUGGAAUCUCGGUUGGGUGGGGCGUGUAUAAAAGAGGAGGACGACCCAGAAGACAUGAGAGGGGACCAUUACUUCUCGCCUGUGUACCCCUACUAUAUCUGGACAGACUGAAGUGCAAUGGAUGUUCUUACUAUCAUAAAGUGCUAAACUCUAUUGUUGUAUUAAUUGUUGAAUAUAUUCUUUAAAAAUUGACAAUCAAAAUGUUGAUCUUGCUGACAUUUAUACAUUUUUGUUUGAAAAGCUCAAUUUUAUUUCUACAGUAGACAAUGAAAUUGAAAAUGGUAUUUUCAUAUCAUACAAGGAAAUCACUUGUUGUACAUAUACAGACUUUUUAAAUGCUGUGUUUCACACAUACCAGAAACUUGUUGUUAUAUUUCAUAUACACAACCAAUUGAACCUCUGGUGAAAUUCAUGCAAACAGAGUUUAAUGUGAUUUUCAUGUGUGAAAUCACCUGAAUUUCAGUUGAAAUUUGUGUGAAGUGAAAUUAAUGUGACAUUCACGGGAGGCACAAUUGCCUGUAUAUUGGUGUGAUCACAAAAUAUAAAAUCAUCACCAACUUUUUAUAAAUAACAAAAUAUAUACUCAAUUGUUUA